AUGACGGCCGAGAGCGGACCGCCGCCGCCACCCCCGCCGCCGCAGCCCGAGGCUCUGGCGGCCGUGAAAGAGGAGCGCGGCGACGCCACGGUGGCGGGCUCGGGGGUCCCGGCGGAGGCGACCGGCCGCGGCGGGGGUGGGCGCCGGCGCAAGCGCCCCCUGCAGCGCGGGAAGCCGCCCUACAGCUACAUCGCGCUCAUCGCCAUGGCCAUCGCGCACGCGCCCGAGCGCCGCCUGACGCUGGGGGGCAUCUACAAGUUCAUCACCGAGCGCUUCCCGUUCUACCGCGACAACCCCAAGAAGUGGCAGAACAGCAUCCGCCACAACCUGACGCUCAACGACUGCUUCCUCAAGAUCCCGCGCGAGGCGGGCCGCCCGGGCAAGGGUAACUACUGGGCUCUGGACCCCAACGCCGAGGACAUGUUCGAGAGCGGCAGCUUCCUGCGCCGCCGCAAACGCUUCAAGCGCUCCGACCUGUCCACCUACCCGGCCUACAUGCACGACGCGGCCGCCGCCGCCGCAGCAGCAGCCGCAGCAGCGGCCGCCGCCGCCGCCAUCUUCCCGGGAGCCGUGCCCGGCGCGCGCGCGCCCUACCCGGGGGCCGUCUACGCGGGAUACGCGCCCGCGCCCCUCGCCGCCGCGCCGCCCCCGCCGCCGCCCGUCUACUACCCCGCCGCGUCGCCCGGCCCCUGCCGCGUCUUCGGCCUGGUUCCCGAGCGACCCCUCAGCCCGGAGCUCGGCCCCGCCGCGUCGGCGUCGGCGCCCGGCGGCUCCUGCGCCUUCGCCUCGUCCGGCGCCGCUGCCGGCUACCCGGCGGCGGCCGGUUGCUCCGGGGCGCGGCCCGCCAACCCCUCGGCCUACGCGGCGGCCUACGCGGGCCCCGACGGCGCGUACCCGCAGGGCGCGGGCGGCGCGCUGUUCGCCGCCGGCCGCCUGGCCGCGCCCGCCUCGCCCUCCACGGCCGGCGGCGGCGGCGGCGGGGAGAGCGCGGUGGACUUCUACGGGCGCACGUCGCCCGGCCAGUUCGGAGCGGCGCUGGGGCCGUGUUACAACCCCGCGGGGCAGCUCGGAGGGGGUGGAGGAGGCGGCGGUGGGGCUUACCACGUCCGCCAUGCCGCCGCCUACCCCGGCGCAGUGGAGCGCUUCGUGUCGGCCAUGUGA